AUGACAGCAUCACAAUGGCUGGGCGAGCACAUUCCGACGCUUCUUCGUCCGUCCAUAUUGCUUUUCAUAGCAGCAUAUCACUUCGUAAUGACCAUGUUUGAAGUCGUGUUCUAUGACUGGCGCCCUUUUUCGCUCUUCAACAUUACCAAACUCCGUUUCAAGGCCUUCGCCCGCCUCUGGAAGAACAACGGCGAAGCAAUGUCUGCUGAAAUGCCCGGCCCUACAUUCUCGCUUUUGUCCCAGUGCAAAGGCGUAGUCCUCGACAUCGGCCCUGGAUCCGGAGAGAUGCUUUCACGUUUCAACCCGGAUAUCAUUUCUGCUGUGUACGGGGCUGAGCCUGCCGAAGACUUGCAUCCAGGGUUGCUGAAGAACGCGGAGAAGAGAGGGUUUGGUAGCAAGUUCCAUGCCAUGGUCUGUGGUGCAGAGCCAGAGAGUCUAAUUCCAGCAUUGCACAAGAGCGGGAUUCUGGAUGUCAGUGGAAAAGGCGGGUUGGCAUCUGAUGGUGUGUUCGAUGAGAUCUGUUGCACUCGCGUGCUUUGUGGCGUUCCCCACCCAGAGCAGACUAUCAAGGGACUCUACAACCUUCUCAAGCCUGGCGGCCGGAUGGUGAUCUGCGAGCACGUAGUGAAUCCCUGGAGGACCGAAGGCAGAGUCGCUGCGCGCUUCAUGCAACUGGUGUAUACGAUUCUUGGGUGGCCAUUCUUCAUGGGUGGGUGUGAGCUUCAGAGGCAUACGCCAGACUUCUUGAAAGAUGCAGGUGAAUGGGAUAAGUUUGAUCUAAAGUACUACGGUCCCCAGGAUUGUUUACCGUUUAUCGUUGGAGAGCUGAUCAAGAAGAACGCCUCAUUGGACAAGAGUUACGCCGAGGCUGUCAAAGAGUAA